UUGGACCAAACCGAAACUAACCAACCACCCAACCACCAUGUCCUCAUGUCGAAACCAGAGCUCCACCGUCGCAAUGUUUCUUUCAGCCCAAAAGACCAAGUACCCUCCACUCCUUCGCACUCUCCACCGUUUCCGCAACUCCCGGAAAUACCGCCCUAUUGGCUAUCCGAUUGCUCCCGUACUCACCGUCUCCUCCUCCCUCAGCUCCGUCAUCUCCGCCGGAAACGCCAUCGCCGCCGCCGGCUCCGGCUCAUCCCUUCACGGUGCCGUGACGUCGGCCAUUACGCAUGUCGCCGUCACCGCUGUCGCCAUCGCUUCCGGGGCAUGUCUUUCUACCAAGGUCGAUUUCUUGUGGCCCAAGGUGGAGGAGCAAGCAGGUUCUCUGAUACUGGAGGGGGUAGAUGUAACUGGAUAUCCUAUAUUUAGCGAUUCAAAGGUGCAAAAGGCUAUAGCAUUUGCAAAAAAAGCUCACUGCGGCCAAUUACGGAAAACAGGAGAUCCUUAUUUAACUCAUUGUAUUCAUACGGGAAGAAUCUUAGCAAUAUUGGUUCCAUCAAGUGGGAAACGAGCUGUUGAUACAGUUGUUGCUGGGAUUCUCCAUGAUGUGAUUGAUGAUACAUGCGAAAGUUUGCACAAGAUAGAAGAAGAAUUUGGUGAUGAUGUAGCUAAGUUGGUAGCAGGCGUUUCCAGGUUAAGUUAUAUAAAUCAGCUAUUACGGAGACACCGCAGGAUACAUGUGAACUCGGGUACCCUUGAUCCUGAAGAGGCCAACAAUUUACGAGUUAUGCUCUUGGGCAUGGUUGAUGAUCCCCGUGUAGUUCUCAUCAAGCUUGCAGAUCGUCUUCACAACAUGAGAACCAUUUACGUGCUGCCGUUGCCAAAGGCUCAAGCUGUUGCAGAGGAGACCUUGGUUAUAUGGUGCUCACUUGCGUCCAGAUUGGGUCUGUGGGCAUUGAAAGCUGAAUUGGAAGAUCUGUGCUUUGCUGUUCUUCAGCCUCAAAUAUUUCGGAAGAUGCGAGCAGAUCUAGCAUCCAUGUGGAGCCCUAUCAGCAGAGCAGGAAAUCUAAGAAGAAUAUCUGCUAGAGCCAGCUUGCUACCAUUGGAUGAAAAAAGCUUAACAUCUGACUAUGAAGGGGCCAUGGCAAUUGAUGAGGACAUCACAGGCAUGAAGGAUCUUUUGGAAGCUGUAGCUCCUUUUGAUAUCUGGCUAGAUCGGAGAAAACGGACAAAAUUUCUUAAUAGUCUUGGAAGUACUCUGGAGACACACACAAAACCCAAGGUUUUGCGCGAUGCUGGAAUUGCUUUAGCAUCUCUGGUGAUUUGUGAGGAAGCACUUGAGCGGGAGUUAAUUAUAUCAACUUCGUAUGUUCCAGGGAUGGAAGUAACGUUAUAUAGCCGACUAAAAAGUUUGUAUAGUAUACACAGCAAGAUGAAACGGAAAGAUGUCAGCAUCGGCAAGGUAUAUGAUGCCCGUGCAUUAAGGGUAGUUGUUGGAGACAAGAAUGGAACUCUACAUGGACCUGCUGUUCAGUGUUGUUACAAUCUUCUUGACAUUGUACACAAGCUAUGGACCCCAAUUGAUGGUGAGUUUGAUGAUUACAUAGUUAAUCCAAAGCCUAGUGGUUAUCAGUCUCUGCACACUGCAGUACAGGGUCCUGACAGCUCACCUCUGGAAGUUCAGAUAAGAACACAGAGAAUGCACGAAUAUGCUGAACAUGGACUUGCUGCACAUUGGCUCUAUAAGGAAACUGGGAACAAGUUUUCUUCUACUAGCAGUAUGGAUGCUUCUGAAAUGGAUGCUUCUGAAAUAGAAGCAUCCUCCUAUUUCUCCAAAGAUAUGGAGGACCAAAGUUCCAAUGUAGAUGACUUGUUUCAGAAGUACAGUUCCCUUAAAGUUGGGCACCCGGUCCUUAGAGUGGAAGGAAGUCACUUACUUGCUGCUGUCAUUAUCAGAAUGGAUAAUGGUGGAAGAGAACUGCUUGUUGCUGUGAGAUUUGGACUGGCAGCUUCUGAAGCGGUAGUUGACAGGAGAUCUUCUUUCCAGAUAAAGCGAUGGGAAGCUUAUGGAAGGUUAUUAAAAAAGGUGUCCGAUGAGUGGUGGUGUGAACCAGGACAUGGGGAUUGGUGCACUUGCCUAGAGAAAUAUGCUCUCAGUCGAGAUGGUAUGUACCACAAGCAAGACCAAUUCGGACGCCUACUGCCAACCUUCAUCCAGGUCAUUGACUUGACAGAGCAAGAAGAAUAUGAAUAUUGGACUGUUGUAUCUGCUGUUUUUGAUGGCAGACAGAUUGAUUCUUUAACAUCAAGUUCAAGCUUUGAAUCACUAAAUUCAACUUCCAUGGAGGCUAGCAUUAAUAACAAGGUGCGACUAUUGAGGACAAUGCUUCAGUGGGAAGAGAAACUUCGCUCAGAAGCAAGUCUGGGACAAGCUAAUGGUGAAAAAUCUUACCGUAGUCCUGGCUCCAUUAUCCUUGGGGAAGUGGUGAUUGUAUGUUGGCCCCGUGGUCAGAUUAUGAGGUUGACGACUGGUAGCACUGCUGCAGAUGCUGCUAGAAGAGUAGGACUCGAGGGAAAGCUUGUUUUAAUCAAUGGCCAUCUGGUAUUACCCAGUACAGAGCUCAAAGAUGGUGAUGUGGUUGAAGUUAGAUUAUAAAUAACACUAGUAGUAGACUUAAUCAAUGUACAUAAUAGAUGGGGCAAAAAUUAUUGCCCACAUUUUUUUGUAUGCAUCAGAACAUUCAAGGGUUUUUAUACAGAUAGUUCAACAAGAGAAUGGGGGCCUAGGAUUUAUGAUUACUAUUAUUAUUUUUUCUGUAAAUAUACCUCCUAUAGGUACUUUUUACUGUACAUAUUCCAUAUUCUAAACAAAGGAAUUAAAAUUCUUGCCCAA